CGUGGUUACGUGCUGUUUUCCAGCCUGUGAAAUUGGUUUCAUUGUGAACCGUUUUCUUUAAGUGGUACCAGUACGAAAAAGGUAAACAAGCCAUGGCGGGCAGUAUGAGGUUGAAUACAGUUCCAAGAUUGCUUCAAGCAUCAAAGUGCUUUCAAUCAUGUAUAAUACCAGCAUCUUCACAGACGAAGGCUGCUGAUCAGAUGGAGAAAUACUGGAAGAAAAACAGGGAUCGUAACCGCCCUCUGUCACCUCAUCUUACAAUUUAUAAAUUACCAGUGACGGCAGUGAUGUCUAUAUCUAACAGAAUAACUGGAACAAUUCUAACUGCAGUGAUAUAUGGGGGACCAAUUAUUUACCUGCUUGGUAGUAACGAUUUUGCUGGUUACCUGCAGAUGGUACAGAGUUGGGGACCAGUCGGGACGGGAUUGAUAAAUCUAACUAAAUUUACUCUUGCCUUUUCCUUUAGCUACCAUACUAUAGCCAGUAUCAGACAUUUAGCAUGGGACAUGGUGAUGGGCUUCCAGUUACCACAAAUAGUUAAAACGGGCUGGGCAGUGUUGUUCUUCACAUUGUUGAUGACAGCUGCCUUGAUGGCCUUGUAAUUAUGAUACCUGCAUUGUUACCAUGGCAACUAAACUGGACUGCUUCUCUGAUGGAUCAUUUAUCAAACCCCUGUCUUAGACAAUAAAAUAUUAAUUUGUGGACCAGCCUAUGAAAUUGUAAUUGUUUUGUUCAUUUAAACCUCAGUUUUUACUUGCUUCAGAUAAAAGUUGAAUUUUUAGACCAGUCAGUUAAAUCAAGUAAUUGAUUGGUUGAUUCAAAUCUCAGUUUCCAAAUUGACCAAUGAAAGUGUUCCUAUUCAAAAAGCGUAGAGUGGUUAUAAAUUUCUGUUUUAUUUUCUGGAAUGCAAUCCAGUUUUGGAUUAAAUUAAAGAUAGAAUAGAUUAGAAUAGAUAAUUAAGAAUAGAUUUAAGACUAUUAGCCAAUGGUGCAUUUUAGAUAUAUAUUAACCAAGAAAAAGCAGAAAAAAUGUGAUGUCAUAACAAGUGACCUUAAAAUCUCUGUGAUUUGUCAAUGAAAUGUUGAAUGAUCUGCAUUAGGCCAGUGCUGUUUUCAUGAAUGUCAAAACCAAUGUGCUAAAUUAUUUGAGUCAUGUGCUUUAUUUGUGAACAUAGAUAUUGAAGAUGUAGAUUUAUAUCUAAAAUUUAAACCUGUUUUCUGUAAAUAUAAUUAGGGGUAUAUGACUCUAUUAUUAUUGAUUUGUUGUUAAACCAAAAUCACUUGCUCACUUCAAUUUGGAUGAUUUUUAUUUGAUUUUGUUAUUUACGUUUAAUUUAGACUUUUAUUUACAUUAAGAUUUAUGACAAUUUCCAAACAGGAAACUACUAAGUAUUAUCAUGAUGUUGAAAUAUGUGAUAUUACAUAUACAUUAUACAUUUGUAUUAUGUGAACAUUGUUAAUUAGUAGAGAAACUUGUUAAAACUACAUAAAAUGUUAUUUUCAUUACUUGACAAGAAAAAUGGCAUUUCAUUUCAAAGGGAGUUAACUUUGUUUCACAUACAGCUAUAGACAAUUUUUCUUAAACAUUCCUUGUUUAAAAUCAGCGACCAAAGUUGCUGAAUUUACCAACAUUUAGAGGCUCUUUUUACAAGCCAGACUAUUUAGCUUUUGUUGAACCCUUCCAGUGCCGGAACUGCGUGUUGUCAUUGCUGCAAAUAUAGAACCAGGCUGGUGCUUGAACUUGGGCGAGUAGCCUGUGGGGCCAGGAUAGAGACAGGCUAGGCUAAAUGUACAUGCUGUCUGACCAUGUUCUAUACUGUUGGCAAACCAAUAUCAAAAAUUCAGCCUGAUUACCCUGAAAUUGAUAAUGGACAGUUCCAAAUCUGGAAGCUUGGCAGGUUCAUUUAAGAAAUUAAGGGUGGAUAAGGGUUUAAAUUUAACUUGUUUCUUUUUUUUAUUUAUUUACAUGUACCAAAAUGUUCUUUAUAUUUAAAAGUGCUCAGAGAUUGUUAUUUAUUUUUGUCUCUUAAUUUAAAUGACUGUGUAAUGACUGUGUAUUGAAUGUUUAAGAAAUAGAACAAGACAGGUAAAAGAUGUGUGCUAGAAAAAAAUCCUGCAGUCUUGUUAAUGAAUGAUACCAUUAUAUAACUAUGUUAUUUUAUUACUUGUAAGAUUUGUUUGGUCAUUUCACUAUGAAAAAUCAUUAUGUAAAUUGUGUUGGUUCUGUAAUCAGUUGUUUUGUGGAACAAAAUUUUAUAACAAGUGAGUGACAAAAAAUUUAUCAAAGAAAUUUGAACAAGGAGGGGUAGUGAAUGUGACAAAAUUUAAAAGUGACUGGAUGUGUACAUUGUAUAUGUAUAUCAAAUGCUCAUUUUUAUUUGAAUUAGCUCAAAAGAAAAAAGUCAGGGAAUUUAGUCAAAUAUUUAUUUUUGUAUAUUUAUAUCUGAACAAAAUUUCACAAUGUAUUGCCACUAUAUAUGUUUACACGUUGUAUGUCCACCAGUAUUAAACUUUAUCAUAACAAUCAAUGUUUUUACAUGUUUAUUGUAAUUUAGCUGAAAUUUGAUGUUUCAUGUUACUUGUUGGUUUUCAUUCUCAAAAGUUUUUAGAAUAAAUUGGGUUUUCAAAAAUG